AUGGCGAGCAGCAUCAUCCUUGCGAUCAAUAAGCUGCUCAAGUACUGGGAGCCCCUUGAUGUCGCAACCGACAUCAGCCAUGUGCGGAACAGACAGCGGCGAGAGGCACGAGUCCUGCAGAUCCUCGAGGGCAUCGGAUUCAGCUGGCGCAUUUACUUUGUGGCAUUCUUUGGUUUCUUGGCCUCUAGUUGGAGUCUGAUUGCCAUCAACAUCACAAUGCCAGCGCUGACCUUCGUCUAUAACUUUCACGACAAGCAAGACUUGAUUCUCGAUUGCGCAACUCUUUCAGGCACAGUACUAGGCAUGAUCCUCUUUGGCCAUCUCGCCGAUCGUGUCGGAAGAUCUGCCCUCUACGGCUUCGAGCUGUUGAUUGUGCUCUCUGCGGUCGGCGGAGCGGCCUUCACCAGCCAGGGCUACGCAGCCACUGGUCCAGACGGUCUUCACUCCAUGGAUAUGGAGGCGGCUUUGAUCUGGUGGCGCGUCGCUCUGGGCCUAGGUAUCGGCGCCGAGUAUCCCAUGUCAGCAGUCAUCGCUGCUGAGUUUACUUCCACAGCGUGGCGAGGCACAAUGCUUGCCGCCAUCUUUAUUGCCCAGCCUGUGGGUCGACUGCUGGCUUACAGUCUCAACAUUGGCAUCUUGUCCGGAUUCGCAAACAGCUAUCAGCAAGAUAUGUGGGCAACUCAUGAGGAAAUGUUGAGUUCCGAUCCGAGUCUUGCCAUGCCGAAACUCACUGUGGACAAAGUGUGGCGGCUUGUCAUUGGACUCGCCGGGGUCCCAGCCGUCUUCGCCGUCGCUUUGAGAAUCUUCAUCCCAGAAACACCACGCUUCUACUCUGCUGUGAAGCGAGACAUGCGCAAAGCUUACGAAGCUGCCAUCAGACUCGGAUCAGCAUCUCCUCGCCCAGAGGAUGCCGAAUCCUGUGGUUCCGAUGACCUGGACGAAUUGGACAACACUCAAGAGCCACAAACCUCAUGGGGUGCUGCAGCCAAUGCAUACUUCUUCGGCAAGUCACAAGGAUGGAAACCCUUGUUCGCCAUCACUCUACAGUGGCUGCUUCUUGAUGUAUGUUUCUAUGGCACCGGCCUGGAUUCACCAAGCACUCUGGCAGCGCUCUGGCUCGAUAAAGCACCGGGAGAGCAGCGGGCGGAAUGGAAUGUCGAUCCAGGGAACCCCGGCGCGGGGAUAUAUGACGUACUUUACUGGAACUCGAAACGAACGCUCUUGACGACAAGCACGUCUGCGAUAGCGGGGAGCAUCUGCGUGAUCCCUCUUGUCGGCUUCGUGUCUCGCAAAACGCUUUUCAUAGUGACAAGCGCGCUGCUAGCCGUCACGUUCGCUGCCACCGCCAUCUCCAUACAUUUUACGUACGCACAGGCACCCUCGCAUGUUGCAAGCAUCGUAUUCUAUGCCAUCACCCAGUUCCUCUUCAACAUAGGCCCGAACACACUAACUUUCAUCAUCGCGGUCGAGAUCUUCCCCACAGAGUUCCGAGGAACCAGCUACGGUAUUGCUGCUGCAGGCGGCAAGGUCGGCGCCAUCAUUAUCCGCCCCAUCGUACAGACCAUGGGUCCAAAGGACGGGUUUAGGCUGCCCGUUCUUCUGGGCGUGUUUGCCGUCAUCAUGGCUCUCAUGGCAGUGUUGGCCUGGAUCGAGCCGUACGGCGUUGGCUGGCCCGAGAUCCAGCGUGUAGAUCCAGGGCAGAACUGGUUCCGGCGCCUGAACAAUCUCAGCCUGGAAGAAAUCUCGCCCUGGCCUCCGAUUUUGGAAGACGACGAAGGUGAAGGCCAGCCGCAGGCUCCCGUGGAAGCGCUAAAAAUACACCAUGCAGAGGAAUUGGCUGACGAGCCAAAACGGUCAACAGAUGAGCACGCAGAUGGUGCUGCCGCGCCAAACAACCACCACCGCCACACGCCGAUCGCGGCUUCAUACUUGCGGCCCCAUGCCAAUGGGACACCUGCGACUUCGCAUUUCAAUGAUUCCGGCUAUGUGAUGGAAGAGAUAAGACACAGCUGA